AACCCCCCGUGUCAUGAAGUGACGACUCCACCCCUCCCGGUCCUCUGUCCUCCUGUGGACUCUUCCUUGUGCACUCCUUCCAGCCUCCACUCCACACCGCUCUGCAGAAGCGAAGCUGCCGUGAGACACCGCAAACAUGGCCGCUACUGGAUCUUUCCGUAUGGUGUCAGAAGAGGAGCAGGCCAUGAGGUCCAAGCUGGAGCACCUGACGGUGAAGGAUCAUGGGCCCGUGUUUGGGCCGUGCCACAAAAUGCCGGGCCACACUGCUCAAAAGGCGAAGGAUGAGCUGAGCGAGACGGAGGAGAGGAGGGCGUCGUCCAUCAAAGAUCUGCGAGCCACGAUGAAGGACAGGGCGGCCGAUGGAGACGACCUGGCCAAGCUGGUUCUGGAGCGUUUCGGGGACAAGCCGGACUCCAUGAUGUUGCGUUUCCUCAGAGCCCGCAAGUUCGAUGUUGUCCGGGCCCACGAGCUCAUGAAGGGCUACGUUCGCUUCAGGAAGGAGUACCCCGAGCUCUUUGAGAACUUGACCCCCGAGGCGGUUCGCAGCACCAUCGAGGCGGGCUACCCCGUGGUUCUGCCCAGCAGGGACAAGUACGGCCGUGUGGUGCUGCUCUUCAACAUCGAGAACUGGGACCUGGAGGAGAUCACCUUUGAUGAGAUCCUCAGAGCCUACUGUGUGAUCCUGGAGAAGCUGCUUGAGAAUGAGGAGACCCAGAUCAACGGCUUUGUCCUGAUCGAGAACUUUAAGGGCUUCACCAUGCAGCACGCUUCAGGGAUUAAGCCCGCUGAGCUCAAGAAGAUGGUGGACAUGCUGCAGGAUUCCUUCCCGGCCCGUUUCAAGGCCGUCCACGUCACUCACCAGCCCUGGUACUUCACCACCACGUACAACGUGGUCAAGCCUUUCAUGAAGAGCAAGCUGCUCGAGCGGGUGUUUGUCCACGGGGACGAGCUGGACAGCUACUUGAGAGAAUUUGAUGCCGACAUCCUGCCGGCGGAUUUUGAUGGGAAAGCUUGCGCGGCCGACUGCCAGGCCAUCGCCACCAGGCUCUUCGGCUCCGAAGACACGGCUCUCUGAAAGCUGGAGCUCCGAUGAUGUGCUUUGAAGCUGUAGCGCCACCUGUAUCGGCACUAAGGCAGUUCCGCGCAAAAAGAAGUACAGUAUCUAGAUUUAGGAGCAGAAGAUGGUUUCCAGAUAUGGUGACACUUAAGAUGGAGGAAUACGGAUGUUUAGAUAACACAGACAGACUUGUUUGUGGUCGGGAUGGGCAGUAGAGCAUUUAGACAGAGGGAGGUGCUUUUGUGUUGCUGUUUGCCUUAGAAAUGACAUUUUUCUGCCUUGUUUGUGUUAAAAAUGGAAUGAUUCCAUUUCAGGAUUUUUAUCACACAUUCAAAAGCAAAACGAGGAGCGUUAUGAGGUGAUUCAAAUUAAACCUGCAAUGAAUUGAACAAAAUGAGCUUGUACUGUCCU